AUGUGCUAUCGGCGCAGCAUGCACAAGCAGCCUUUUUUGGCGUUUUAUCAUUUUUUCACAUAUUACUCACUGACUUCGAUUUUCAAUUUCCAAUCUUUUUUUAUACCAUUUGUUUUGCCUAUAUUUUCAUUUUUGAUUUAUUCAUCAUUUAAAAGUCGCUCUUCUCUCUAUCCAAGAAGUAUUGAGUCGUUCCAUCUGAAGAUAUCAAAGAAAAAAAUUACGUGCAAUACCGAUACAAAAAUACCGAUAGUACGACUAAAAACCACAACUCCUAACGUGACAGUCGCCCGCAUGUUUACCUCUGAGCAGUACGCUGACUGAAUUUAGAACUAAAAGAAACACUCCAUCGGCUUUUGCGCGUUGCUGCCGCCGGCCUGCAGCACGGGGCUGCUAUUGCUAUUCAGCCCUGGCCCUGUAUAGAAGAUUGAUGUUCUUGUUGUUCGCGAAAUUGGACGACGGGCUAGGUGGUGAAGUUUAGUAAGACAAUUUCAAUUCCCAAGAAGAAGUCCAGCUUGCGAAAUGCUCGGGAAUUCUUGUACCGGACGAGCAUAAAUGGGUCGUCGAUUUUUGCGAUGAUUCGCGUACCGCUCGUACGAUCCUGCAAUAUGAUCCUCCAACGUAGCGGCC